UGAAGGUUGAAAUUUGUUUGAACGCCUAAUGAUCUGAGUGUCCAGCGUCAUUCAGUAGUUAGAGCGUGGUCAUGAGUAAGGUACCGAAGGAUCUUCUGCUGCGGUCAUGUGCUGAUAUUAUUGAUUACAGCAACAAAGUGAAGAAACGGAAGUUUACCGAAACUGUUGAGCUACAGAUAGCGUUGAAAAACUAUGACGUUCAGAAGGACAAGAGAUUCACCGGGACUGUGCGACUAAAGCACAUUCCACGUCCCAGAAUGUCUGUGUGUGUGCUUGGGGACGAACAACACUGUGACGAGGCCAAAGCAGCAGGAAUUCCAUGUAUGGAUGCGGAAGAAUUGAAGAAAUUCGGCAAAGAGAAGAAGCCGUUGAAAAAAUUCGCCAAGAGUUACCACGCUUUUGUCGCUAGUGAAACCAUCAUUCGUCAGUUUACAAGGACAGUGGUUCCAAUCCUAACCAAGUACGGGAAGUUUCCAAGUGCAGUCACACACAACGAGCCACUAAUGAAUAAGGUUGACGAAAUAAAAGCUACAGUCAAAUUCCAGAUGAAGAAGGUUCUCUGCCUGAAUGUCGCUGUUGGCCACGUAAAAAUGACUCCUGAGGAGCUGGCACAAAAUAUCAACUUGUCAAUAAACUUCCUUGUAACGCUAUUGAAGAAGAAUUGGCAAAACGUCAGGUGUUUGUACAUUAAGAGUACUAUGGGUAAACCGCACAGGUUGUACUAAAUACAAUUAUAAUCGGGUACUCGUUACUUCUCAACAAAAACUACAAUCAUCGGUUCCUGCUAUGCUGCAACUUUACGUCGGUUUCAUGUGCAUUUAGUGUAUAUUUCUCGUCAAGUUAAGCGACCGUCAUGACUUGAAACCUAAUCGUAUCACAGUCCGACACGAGGGCAACGCGUUGGUACUCCGUAUGGGAUAUUUUCGUGGGAGAUUUUUUAUAUUCCAAACAUGUAAAACUUUUUGUCAUAUAUAAGUACCACACUAUUCAAUACGAUUGUUUGGAUUUCGAUAAUUUCUGAUUUUAAUUUGAAAUAAGAAGAUACUACCUAUUUCUACA